AUGGAGGCGACUGGCAAUGAUCCAGGUGACAUGGAGGCGACGGGCAAUGAUCCAGGUGACAUGGAGGCGACGGGCGAUGUGGAGGCAACAGCAACCGACCCAGAUGAUAUGGAGGGGGUGGCAGCCGACCCACGAGCCUUGAGGAUCGCCGACCCAGGAGUCAUCAUUGGGACCACCGACUCCAAGACCACUGACUGUGGAAUCGCCAUUGGGACCACCGACUCCAAGACCACCGAUUACUCUGGGACCACCAACCCAGGAACAGACUCUGGGACCACCAACCCAGGAACAGACUCUGGGACCACCAACCCAGGAACAGACUCUGGGACAACCAACCCAGGAACAGACUCUGGGACAACCAACCCAGGAACAGACUCUGGAGGCCCAGUAGACUCUGGAGGCCCAGUAGACUUUGGAGGCCCAGUAGACUCUGGAGGCCCAACAGACUCUGGAGGCCCAACAGACUCUGGAGGCCCAGCAGACUCAGAAGGCCCAGCAGACUCAGAAGGGCAAAGAUAUAGCCAAAUGUCAAAUUUAAACAGACACAUGAGAGUCCACACAGGAGACAAACCAUUUCCUUGUGAUGUUUGUGGACAAAGAUAUAGCCAAAUGUCAAAUUUAAACAGACACAUGAGAGUCCACACAGGAGACCAACCAUUUCCUUGUGAUGUUUGUGGGCAAAGAUUUAGCCAUAAGUCAUCUUUAGACAGACACACGAGAGUCCACACAGGAGACAAACCAUUUCCUUGUGAUCUUUGUGGACAAAGAUUUAGCCAUAAGUCAUCUUUAGACAGACACACGAGAGUCCACACAGGAGACAAACCAUUUCCUUGUGAUCUUUGUGGACAAAGAUUUAGCCAUAAGUCAUCUUUAGACAGACACACGAGAGUCCACACAGGAGACAAACCAUUUCCUUGUGAUCUUUGUGGACAAAGAUUUAGCCAUAAGUCAUCUUUAGACAGACACACGAGAGUCCACACAGGAGACAAACCAUUUCCUUGUGAUCUUUGUGGACAAAGAUUUAGCCAUAAGUCAUCUUUAGACAGACACACGAGAGUCCACACAGGAGACAAACCAUUUCCUUGUGAUCUUUGUGGACAAAGAUUUAGCGUAAAGUCAUUUUUAAACACACACAUGAGAGUCCACACAGGAGAGAAACCAUUUCCUUGUGAUCUUUGUGGACAAAGAUUUAGCUGAAAGUAAUCUUUAAACACACACGAGAGUCCACACACGAGACAAACCAUUUCCUUGUGAUGUUUGUGGACAAAGAUUUAGCCAUAAGUCAUCUUUUAACAGACACAUGAGAGUCCACACAGGAGACAAACUAUUUCCAUGUGAUCUUUGUGAACAAAGAUUUAACCAAAAGGCAUCUUUAA